AUGAUGAAGUUUACUAUGGAUGGCCGACCGUUUCUAAAGGAUAUUCAUGAUCUAUUCAGCGCAUUGAUUGUCCAAAUUCCAAUUGACAACCAUCGCUACCUGUUCAGAAACUACACAAACACAUUCUCAUCUGAGGAUGCUCUUCAAGCUCUUGGUUCUCUUCGUUUUUCACACACCCAGCGCGCCUCAGAUCCAAAUGACACCACAAAGCAACUCUGGACCACAACCACAACUACAUUCAACAUGGCACGCGAUAUGGCCAAGGCACUUUGCCAGCAGUUUCACACCUGCCAUCUUAUAGAAAAUGCCGUAGAUAGUCACAAUCGAGUAUUUAGAGAAAAAGGACUCUGGCAACUAACUCCCAAAGGACUAUGUGUGCUUCAAGACUUUUGUGUACGUACAGGAGCUGAUAUGACAUCAAUGCGCAAGCACUUUGGGCAAUUGGAUCCCAUUCAACUCGUGCGGUUAGAAAGACAAGCAGAAGAUGAUGAACUCAUUCUUAGUCGACAAAAUCUAUCGAUUGUGUUUCGAGUCAUGCUUUCCCUCUUACCGCUCGAAGGGGAGCUGGAUCAGCCAGGAAACCACAGUUCUCCAGUACCACCAAAAACCACUUCAAGCACCUCUUCAAAUUCAUCCGUAUCAUCAAGUUCUACUACUUCUUCUCGCCGUGAGAUUAUACCUAAAACAGCCAACACAAUCCGUACCGUAUUUUCGUCUCAGAUGUGUUGUGAUUGGUUAGUAGACUACAGCACCGUAUCUUCACGCGACGAAGCUGAAGUCAUUGCCAAUUCAUUUAUACGAUAUGGCUGGCUUGAAUUCCAGGAUCACCGUUUAUCAGGUGCAUUCAUCAAGGUCUCCAAAGCGACACUUUUGCUUGUAACCGACAAAGGCAAGCAGAUCCUCAAUGAGAAGUCUCUGAGCAUCGAGUCUGAAUCAAAAAAUAAAGACUCGCACGUAAAAAAAGAAGAGGCAGAAAAAAGCAAAAAUAAAGAAGGGCUGGAAACCAUUAGCAAACUAUCAAAAUCACUUUCGCUUCAGUCAAUCUCCACAACAAUUAUUGAUCAUAAAGAAGGCAAUCUGGCACGUCUUCGUCUAAUUCUUGAUGAUCCCCAAUGUCGAUCACUCUUUAAAGAUUUUCUCAGGGCUAACUUCUGUGAGGAGAAUCUGGAUUUCUGGAUUGAUUAUGAGUCUCUCAAACGAAAAUGCCGUAGUCAAAGCCCAGCAUUACCAUCACAGAAUCAGAAAGACUUGGUCGAAGACGCGUAUAACAUUUGGGUCACCUAUCUUGCUCCUAGUGCACCUUCUGAACUCAACGUCGAGCAUUCUCUUAGACAGGAGAUGGCACGACUUGUAUCGUCGGUAGUGACGGUUGUGCCCACUUACAUGCCUGGACAGAUCAAACCAACCAUUCUCAUAUCCACAUCUAGUGCUUCUCAGAGUCUGCGAAUGAUGCUCAAGUGGUUUGAUCGAGUGGACGAGCACAUUUGCAGACUUAUGGCGUCUGACUCAGUUCCAAAGUUUAUCAAGACAAGUAAAUAUCGUAGACUUCAGGAUUCUCGAGAAAAAGAACGUCAAAAACGUGAUACGAUUAGAGAGGCUCGCGCAAGAGAGACCCGAGAAGUGCUAGAGGAGUCUGUUUCUGAAAACUCUACUUUAUGA